AUGAUUGGAAAGGACGGCCCAGGCGCUGAGGCCAUGCCCUCCAGGGGCCAUCCACCACCUGAGGGUUCAACCGUCAUCGUCCCACCUGAACCAGCCCCCAAAAGAUCAAUCACCCCCAAGGGCACACUGUUCACCAAUCUAGGCGAAGCCCAUCUAGCCAUCACGGCCAGAGUGGCAGCCAAAAUCGCCGGUCAAGCUGUCCCUGCUUUGCCGGUCGUCACUCCUUGCCAGUCACCGACUGCGCCUCUUCAUGAACCCCGUCCCAAAGACAACUUGCCGCUGGCGUCACACAUGGAGUUUGUCAGAUCUUCCCACCUUGCCAACGGACGUUGCUUGACUGGCUAUGCUCCCAACGUAUCGAUUGCUGAGAAGAAGCAUGAAGAGGGUUCGCAAACCUCUCCGACACCAUCUCCCGACACGAUCCUGUCCAGUCAUUAUGACGAUUUCAACCCUGAUCUUGACUGGGUACAUGGUCCCGGUCCAGAAAUAUGCUCAAAGCGCCGGACCAGAGAGACCGGAAGCACAGUUGAGAACAUCUAUCGACAAUACCUCCCUUCGGAACCUUCGACCGUCAAGCCUCAGUCUGUCGCCCAUAGUUCACCGCCCACAAACAGAGCGCAUCCUCAGUCGCCGGAUAGGGGAAAUGGGAAUAGCAACAAUGACCACUACAUCUUGGCUCGUUCCUUGACCAACCACCCAUCCAAGCCUAACCAUGUCGACGAUGGCGCCCGUCCGAGUAAGCAACGUCGCAAACUGUAUGAUACAGCUGGCGAUGCUCCCAGCGUUCCUCUCCCAGAGCUGCCAGUUGCGAGGCGCUCUGCCCGCUACUACGAUAGUCAUCUCCAUGGGUAUGAUGAUCCACCAACUCCGUCGGGGAUGUCAAUUUCCAAUACACAAGUGCUACUUGACAGAUACAGUGAUCACAGUCAGCUGGCUCAAGAUGAAGGCUUUUCAGAAGAAGCCAUAGUUGCCGGGGCCUCACCAAAGAGCGAGCUUGACGGCACUGAGUUGGAGCUGUCAUCACCCAGCGCCCAUGAACGGCUGAAGGAGAGGCUUGACAGGCUACACUACGCAUGCAACGCUGGUCUCGCCGAAUAUUCUACAGGCGCGCUUACUUCGGAGUCGGACGAAGACCCAUUCAAGUACGAUCGCAAGUCUUACCACGCGCUCCUCCAGCCAGUUCGAGAAAGGGAAGUAAGCCUAGCCCUCCAGCAGUUGACUGGCAUUACCGAAUCAGCGACGCCAGUGGACGAGAUGCCACAGGAGUCUGGACAGCCUGUCUUACAGAGCAGAAACCCAUACCUGAACAGACUGCAGUCUUACAAGACUCCAGAAGCUGAAGACGCUUGGGAGGAUCAAGAAGAUCCAAACGAAAUCAAAAUUACGGUUCAACGUCGCCCUUCUAGUUUCUCACCAGCCCCUCAGCCCGAACUUCCAACUCAGAGCCGCAACUUGACUCAGGACUGGAGGACCAGUUACUGCAAUGACCAUUUCCAUCAACCCCAGAGUGAAGGCGGUGACUGGGAAACAGUUGGAACCAAUGUGGGAGGUCAGUUUGGCAGCAACCUUGCAUGUGCCUCUGGUAGUGGUCUGAGUGGACACCCGGCCCUCAAGAUCACCAGUGACAGCAUUGCGAACUACUCAGACUGCAGUUCCUUUGGCCCAUCCCAAUACGAUGCCUUCACGUCUACUGAGCGAAUUCUCCAGCAUCCGACAGCCGAUCAGAACCCCACUGACCAGCUGUUCAGAAACAUAAAAGACACAGGGCGCCCGGUUUUUCUCCCAAAGCCACGAGUAAAUCGUGCUAAUGGAUAUCCCUUGGACUCAGUUCGACAUUUUACAGAUGCAAAUACCACAGCAAGUGGUUCUACAGCUAGAAGCGCUCUGCUCGAGAAGAUCAGUGCUCGUCUGCGUCGAAAUAAAGAACAGCAGAAGAGCGGCAACCCUUUCCAAGUGCUUCCGAACACUUCGGUGCCUCAUCUUUCUGAUGUUUAUGAGCUGGAGGACAUGGGCCCUGGCCAGCGUGCCAUCAACAACGGGGUUGAAGCCCACGGUUUGAACAAGGAAAAUCGACUUACGCCUCCUAAUCAAGAAUCGAGUCUCAUGGCGAAGGGAUCGCCCACCCUUUUCAGCUUCCCACUCAUCCCAUUACAGGAAGCCGUGAAAAAGCAAGCCAUCAGACGGGCAAGUGGAGAAGACGAUUUGACUUUGACCACCACCAGAACCCGCCAGGACUCCAGUGUUUUGUCUUCCAGAGCCACGCAGAGAACUACUCCGCCAACGCCCUGUACGGCAAAGCCACAGCAAUACUCGCCUCCUACUCCUAGUCUCGCAAGACCUCCUCCCACGCAUCUUCGCCGGCCCACUGGAUUAGGGAUCCCUGAUACUGCUACGCCAUACCCUGCAUACCAGAUGAACAAGGGCUUUGAUGGAGACGAACAAAAUCUUUCCACGGCUUCACCCCUCAGCAGCGGCAGUCCUCCCAUCUACGGACGAGCAGUUUUCCCUCGCUCCUGCAGAAAUAUCUUUGGCGAUGCGCGCGCAGAUCCUCCUCGAAAAUCCACAAGAAGUAGCUAUGGGUUUCCAGUCAUGUUGCGCAGGUCAACCCACAAGAGAAAGACGACCCGUGAGAAGAGAGAUGCACUCCGGCAACCAGGGGAAUCCCCAAAGCCCGGCCCGGUUGUCGACCCGGAGACAGCAGAUGCCUUCGUUCUGUCUGGCGAAGAUGCGUACAUCUCAUGGGACAGUCAAAGAAAGCGUCGACUGUUCUACUAUGGUGCGCUUGCCGUGUGCAUUUUCCCCUUCCUGACCUUGUUGGUCUACCAUGGGGCUUUCGAUCCUUUUCUUGUCUGGUGGACAGAAGGCGAGGUACGCCGGAUGACUCACAGGCAACGUCACGUUGUGGCUAUUGUUGGAAGCACCAUCGCAGCUGUUUGGCUUGCUGCCAUUGCCGUGGUUGUUACUCUUCUUGUCAGCACAAAGACUUAA